AUGAACCUCUUGUUAUCUUGCAAUAACCUCUUGUUCUUUUCUCUUCUACUAACCUCUAAUCUUCUCACUUUACUUGUAUCCACCACCUUCUACUCUUCUAAUUGCUCCCUCAAACCUCAUCAACUCCAAACCACCACCGCCGCCGCCGUUUACCCUCUGCCGCCGCCUCCGGUGGAGGAAGACGACGGCGAUGAACAAACCGAUCAAACUACACAAGACCUGCCUCCGGAGUUCAUCGCCUUCACAUCCCCACAGAAACUCCCCUUUGGAUUCAACCGCAAUUUUGACUCCGACGAGAUUCUGCCGCCAGUCGGCAGCCCGUGCCGCCUCAUGAAAGACCAGCUCGGCCGCUACAUGUCGUACAAAGUCAACGGCCCCUGCCCCGACGACGAGCUCCUCGCCCAGAAGCUCCUCCUCCGCGGAUGCGAGCCCCUCCCGCGGCGGCGCUGCCGCGCCGCCGCCCCGAGGGACGCCGUCGAGCCGGCGCCGCUGCCGGGCAGCCUCUGGACCACCCCGCCGGACUCCUCCGUCGUGUGGACGGCGUACACAUGCAAGAACUACGCAUGCCUCGUCAACCGCGCCCGCGACCAGAAGGGUUUCGACGACUGCAAGGACUGCUUCGACCUCAACGGCCGCGAGCGCCACCGCUGGGCGGCGGCGGCGGCGCCGCCGCCGCCGUCCAGCCUGGACUUCACGAUCGACGAGGUGUUGGCGGCGAAGCCGCCAGGAACCAUACGGAUCGGGCUGGACAUAGGCGGCGGGGUGGCGACGUUCGCCGUUAGAAUGAAGGAACGAAACGUGACCGUUAUAACGACGUCGAUGAAUCUUAACGGUCCGUUCAACAGCUUCAUAGCGGCGCGUGGGGUGGUGCCGCUGUACGUGAGCAUAUCGCAGAGGUUCCCGUUUUUCGAUAACACGUUGGAUAUAGUGCACUCGAUGCACGUGCUGAGCAACUGGAUACCGACGGAAAUGCUGCAUUUUAUGAUGUUCGAUAUAUACAGGGUGCUCCGGCCGGGGGGAUUGUUCUGGAUGGACCAUUUCUUCUGUGUGGGGGAGCAGCUGGCGGAGGUGUACGCGCCGCUGAUAGAGAGCGUGGGGUUCGUGAAGGUGAAGUGGGUGGUGGGGAAGAAGCUUGAUCGUGGACCGGAGCUGAAUGAGAUGUAUCUGUCGGCUUUGUUGGAGAAGCCAUUGAAGAAUUCUUGGUGACCGUUGACCGAACAGAGGAAUUGAAUCU